AUGGAAGCCACCACGCCCAGGACGACCGACGCGCCGCCAGCCCCCCGACAGCUAUACGCAAAACCGACAAGAACGACGUCGCCGUCGUCGAUCCCGCUCCGCAUCGCCAACCCGGCGCCGCGUGAGGUCCUCUUCGAGGUCGCCGGUACGUCUCCAGGCACGGUCCACGUCAAGGCGGACGCACCUCGAGCGCGCCGCCUCCUUGCACCCAACGCGUUUGCCCUUGGCCGCAUCAUGAAGAGCACUGCGCGGUCGCGCGACGAAGAAGACGAGCGCGAGCGGCAACUCGCCGCCAAGAAGCUCCGAGAGCUCGACGCCAAGCAGCCGCGGACGUUUUGA